GCGCACUAUGCACCAUGUCUAUGGUAGAAACUCUCCUUUUCUGGCUUCUGUACUUCUGUAUGCAUUUGCGCCAAAGCGCCGGACUCUGAACUCCUCUCUCUCUCUCUCUCUCUCUCAAAACCCUGACCGAGAAUGGGGAAGGACCGAAACGGAUCUCUACCAGAACGAGAUAGGGACUCAGAAUCCCCUUCCAGGAGAGAUCGCAGCCGUCGAUCCAAGCGGAGGAAGGAAGAAUCCGACGGAUCGAGCGCAUCGGAAGACGACGAGAGGACCAGAAGCAAGAGGAAGCACUCGAGAAGAAGGUACCGAAGGCGGGAUGAUUCUUCUUCCUCGGAAUCUUCGUAUUCGGAAUCCGAAUCGGACGGCUCAGAUUCGUCGGAAGAGGAGGAGGAUAAGAGGAGCGAGGGCGAGGAUGAGAUGAGCCGGAGGAAGAGGAAGGAGAGGAGGAGGAGAGAGAGGGAGAGAGAGUAUGAGAAGGAGAGGCAACGGAGGAAGGAGAAGAAGAGGAGAAGGAGGGAGAAAGAAGGAAGAGACGAGAAGAAGAAGAGGAAGAAAGAGGAGGAUAAGAAGAAGAAGAAGAAGAAGGAGAAAGAUAAGAAAGGAGCGGUGACGAAUUCGUGGGGGAAGUAUGGGAUUAUCAGAGAAACUGAUAUGUGGAAUAAACGACCAGAGUUCACUGCAUGGUUAGCAGAAGUGAAACAGGUGAACCUGGAAAGUCUGCCAAACUGGGAAGAGAAGCAAAUGUUCAAGGAGUUCAUGGAGGAUCAUAAUACUGCUACCUUCCCAUCAAAAAAAUACUAUGGUUUGGAUGCAUAUCAUCAGCGCAAGAUGACCAAAGAAAUGAAAAAAGGUUUAAAGAAGAUCCUGCAAACAGAGCGUACAGUGUUCAAUGAUGAAGAACAGCGUCGGCUAGAAUUGUUGGUUGAAAGGGAGAGACAAAAGGAAGAACAGGUGGAAACGUUGAAGCGCUCUAUGCAGGGUGGAAUGGCACAAGCGAUGAAAGAACAGGCCCAGUUGAGAGAGGAAAUGGCUUACCAGUACCGAGUGGGGAAUUUCGAGGCGGCGGCUGCAAUACAGAGAAGAUUAGAUCCCGAUGUGGCUAUGUAAGAGGCUAAGUUAUGACCUUCUGUAUCCGAAUCGCAUACACACCGUAUAUCAGUACAUGUACCUCAUGGUAUGAAUACCCUUGUAUUUUUAUGCAGCGGUGUAUGUGCUUAUUAGUUCCA